AUGGAGGUCUUUGCGACGGACUCGAUGAACCGGAGAAGCAGCGGGACAAACAGCCUCCUGUGGCCGCUACUCGGUGCGUGUCUGUGGGCUGCAGCGGUCGCCUACAAACCGGUGAUUAUCGUGCACGGCUUGUUCGACACCUCGGGAGAUUUUAAGAAUCUUCAGCGCUUUAUUAACGAGUCUCAUCCCGGAACAAACGUGAUCGUGAUUGACUUGUUCGACCGAAGUUCCAGCUUGCGGCCCAUGUGGAAGCAGGUGGAGGGUUUCAAGGCGGCCAUUUAUCCUAUCAUGCAAAACUCCGAGGAGGGAGUUCAUUUUAUUUGCUACUCUCAAGGUGGACUGGUUUGCAGAGGAAUUUUGUCCACGCUGCCAGAUCACAACGUGCACACGUUCAUCUCGCUGUCGUCGCCUCAGGCCGGACAAUAUGGCGACACCGACUACUUGAAGUACCUGUUUCCUCAGUUCGUCAAGUCCAACCUGUACCAUCUGUGCUAUACAUCCAUUGGCCAGAGAAUAUCUAUCUGCAACUAUUGGAAUGACCCCCACCACAGAGAAAUGUACGCCAACAACAGUGAUUAUCUGGCUCUGCUCAACAGCGACAGACCCAAUCCAAAUUCAACAGAAUGGAAAAAAAACUUUUUGAGAAUCAACAAACUAGUGCUUAUAGGAGGACCGGACGACGGCGUCAUCACGCCCUGGCAGUCAAGUCAGUUUGGAUUCUUCGACAACAACGAGACAGUUGUUGAGAUGCAGCGACAAGACGUGUACUUACGGGAUGUCUUCGGUCUAAAGACGCUGGCUGCUCGCGGCGAUCUUAUCUUGUGCUCCAUUCCUGACGUCCAGCAUGUCUGGUGGCACUCCAACGAGACUGUAUUUCACACUUGCAUGGAAAAGUGGCUGGUUUAA